AUGAAAUCCUGCGUAAGAUCCUAUAAGACCUUGCGUGAACAUUUGUGGUAUACAGUUGUGACAAUACCAGAAACAAUGAUCGAAUAUAUUUAUGACUAUGGUUAUCUUGACAAUAUUACUGAUGAUUUGAGUGAAUUAAAACGAAAAUCAACUUCGAAUUUUGAUAAUUUAUUUAAUAUGAAGAAUACAGUAGGUAAUAGACGACCAAGUGGUGAAAGUGCAUUGUUAUCAAUAGCUAAUGUAAUGAGACCAUCACCAUCCACAUACCCAUGUACUAGUAUGGAUAAUAUUGAUGAUAAACGAAAAGAUAAACCACAUUAUGGAAAAACACUGCGUCUAUCAUUUCAACACCUGGAACUACGUUCACUACCAAAUGCCACCGCUACUAGAUCAAUGACAAAUGAACUUUUACAGGAGAUAAAGCCUGUUUCAAAUCUAAUGUCACCCAUCUUGAAGCCGAUUAGACUACCUUAUAUAUAA